CGUUUCUUAUCAUCACAAUCAUGUCGCACGAAAUGUCCCACAUGGGCCCUCGGGCCUUCAACCACGAAAAUAGCAGCGACGCCGAGGCGGAGUACGAUCGGCUCCGUGACCUCGCGCGCCAGGAAGCCAACAAGCGCGGACAAUGUUUCGGCCGGUCGAAGGAUGCCUACUCGAGCGGCGAUGGCGCCGCCGCCAAGCAACUCUCCGAGGAGGGGAAGGCCCACGGCCGCAAGAUGGAGGAGUACAACCGUCAAGCGUCUGAGUUCAUCUUCCGCGAGAACAACGCCAGCGGGCGCGUCGAGGCCGACACCAUCGAUCUACACGGACAGUUCGUCGAGGAGGCUGAGGAGAUCCUGGAAGAACGGAUCAGGUAUGCCAAGUCGCAUGGGCAGAACCAUCUUCAUGUCAUCGUCGGCAAGGGAAACCACUCAGCCAACCAUAUCCAGAAAAUCAAACCGCGCGUCGAGCAGGUGUGCCGUGAGUUGGGACUUCAGUACGCCACCGAGGAUAAUGCUGGUCGCAUCUACGUGAACCUGACUGGUGGUGAUGCUGUUAUGCCUCCAUCGACUGGUCACCAGGGCUCGGGUGGGUACCCUGGCCACCAACAGGGUCACCAGCAGGGUCACCAGCAGGGCCAACAGCAGGGCCAACAGCAAGGACAGCAGCAUGGACAAGGACAGCAAAAGCCGGACGAGCUCGAGGAGUUGGCCAAGAAGAUGUUGCCAAAGGUUCUGCGCAAGCUCGAGAAGGCUUGCUGUGUGGUUAUGUGAGCUUUUACUUUUGGUGUUUGGGACAUAUACAUAGAUGCAUAGCUGUGUUUGUGGACAGAUGUCUGUUGUUUGGUGUUGGUGACAUUUUGCGCUUUUGAUUUCUCGUUUCCAUCAUCUACCAUCUACAUAAGACCUUAAGUCUGGGUUCAGCCUCGACACGACUCAUGAUGGCAGGGAUGUGGUUAUACCCUUACAUGGAUAUAUGGACAUGGACAUUACUAUUUACUUUCUGGCUGUUGAGUACAGCUGUUUUAUCAA